AUGAAGGGUUCAGAUAUACUCCUCAUCCUCGUUGCCAUUCUCUUUCCCCCCUGCUGCUGCCGCCUUCAUCACUGGCUGCUCUUGCGACCUGCUUAUCAACGUACUCUUGACUAUGUCUUGGGCUAUAUUCCCGGCCAUAUCCAUGCCUUUUGGCUCAUUUAUAAGAAGAUGAGGGCAGAGGAACGUUAUGGUGCAGGGGGAUUCCGCUAUGUGGGGAAUGGAACAUAUGAGCCGCUGGCACAAGGUCAACAACAGGUGCAUUAUGGUUCUACAACUAUUUGA